AUGGAUCGGCGACUUGGGCUUUCCUCAAUACAAGAGUGUUUUACUACAAAUUUUAUCUCAGGACGGAAACUCAUAUAUGUAAACUGUUCAAAUCUGCCACAGAUUGGGAUUACUGAUUUUGAACAUAUGAAGGAAAUUUCAAAGCAUGUACGAGAAUUGCUGCAAAUUGAGGAGCCCCGUUUUGAAAGAAGUAUCUCUCUCCCACCUCGAGAUAACAUUGGUUUGUUCUUAGAACAAAAGACACGAACUGGAAAGCGCAGUGAUGCUCUCAGUUAUUCUCAGUUUGUUCAAGAAGCAAGGUUACAAGAAUAUGAACCAAAGCCUCCGACUCCACCAUAUGAAGAACUACAGCUUUCAACUCCACCAUGUGAAGAACUACAAGAAGCCAGUUCAUUUUUCUCUAAAUAA